AAGAGCGAGAGAGGAUCACAGAGGAAUUUCCGUUAUCCAUUGUUAUUCUCUUUCUCACGUUUCUCUCUCUAGAAUUUUCUAUCGUCGCUGCUUCUCAUUUGCAAAUUAGGGUUUUUCCGAAUCUCCGAUUAGUCGAAAAUCCAAUACAGCAGUUUCAACCAUGGUUUCUGAUUCAGUUCCCGCCGCUCUUAUUCCUUCAGCUGCAAACACUAAGAACCUCGGCAAGAAGAAGAGGACCAACAGGUCUGCAAAAUUGAAACAGAACAAAAUUGAAGCGCGUCGUGAGCAAUGGUUAUCCCAAGGUUCUGUCAAGAGCAAGGGGUGCAAGGAUGUAAUCGACAGUGAUGGCCACGAGCUGCCAUUGUCAUCCGGGAAUCAUGGCAAGCGUCCGCUGGAGCAGUUGGAGACUAGGCACAGGGUGGAAGAAGACGACGGGUUGAUCCAUCAACACAGCGAUUCGGAAUCACCAGCUAACAGCCCCACAGGCAAUGAUUCUGGGACGAAUUUCACUGGAAGCAGUGGCAGCAGUAGCGGGAGCAGUAGCAGUAGGAGCAGCAGUAGUUACAGCAGCGCUGGGUGUUGCUCUGGAAACAUAACAGAAGAAGAUGACGAUGAAGAAGAGGAAGGAGGAGGGGAAGAAGAAGGUGAUGAUGGUUGCUUGGAUGAUUGGGAGGCUGUGGCAGAUGCUCUAGCCGCCAAUGACAAGCGCCAGAACCCUUGUUCUGAUUCACCUCCUUCACACGGCGAUGAAUCCGUUGUGCAAAUGGCUUCAUCGAACUGUGAAGAUCCAAACAGGGGGCCGAAUUCAGGGUCUCGGAAUUUGAAACCUGAGAGUGCUAAUUUGGUUCCUUGGACUGGUAAUUGCCGAGCUUGGAGGGCUGAUGAUGCAUUUCGACCCCAGAGUUUGCCCAAUUUGUCCAAGCAGCACAGCUUGCCAAUCUCCGACCGACGUUGCGGUGGUGGUGUCCUUUGGAGUCGCUCUGCUAUGCCAUCAUCAUGUCCUAUAUGCUGUGAGGAUCUCGAUUUGACAGACACGAGUUUCUUGCCUUGCUUGUGUGGCUUUCGGCUUUGCCUCUUUUGCCAUAAGAGGAUUCUUGAAGAAGAUGCUCGCUGCCCUGGCUGCAGGAAGCCUUAUGAGUGCGAAGCUGUUGUUGAGACGGAGCCUAGUGUGCUUGGAGGCAGUCUCACCCUUCGGUUGGCUCGAUAG